CAACAGUAAAUUUCCCUUCCAGAACUUAAUUCGCAAAUCCCUUUUUCCGCCGCAGCAUCUGACAUCCACCGUUCUCCGCUUUCUCUGGCUUUGGUUGGAGAUUGUUGAUAAUCGUUGCAAAUCAUGGAAAAUACUGCGAAACAUUUAAUCAAUGACGAUACCACGCAAAAAGAAGCACCUCAACUUGCUGUACUGUUGAAAGAAAUGAAGGAAGGGCUUGAUGCCGUAAGGCGUAAAAUCCAAUCUUUAACUGCCAAGGUGAAAGAAGGUCAAUAUCCUACAGCAGAUGGAUUCAGUUAUCUUGAAGCUAAAAAUAUGCUGCUUUUGAAUUAUUGCCAAUCCCUUGUUUAUUAUUUGUUGCGGAAGGCUAAGGGAUUAUCAAUAGAAGAUCAUCCUGUUGUUCGAAGUAUUGUAGAGAUAAGAUUAUAUUUAGAAAAGAUUAGGUCAAUCGACAAAAAACAACAAUACCAAAUCCAGAAACUAAUGAAAGCUAGUGAAAAUGCUGCCAGAAGUGAUAUUCAAAGCGAGAAGGAGACAAUUGCAUCCAAUAAGAGUGAGGAUGUGUCAAAGUAUCGUCCAAAUCCUGAUAUGCUUGUUAGCAAAUUAGACUUGACCUUGCAGGAUGGGAAUGAUUCGUAUCAACCUGUAAAAUUUGCUCCUACUUCAAUGGAUCUAGAUAAAGCAUCAAAGCAUGAAAAAAAUGCCCUGCGAAGAGAAAAAGAAAUUCUGAAACAAGCUAAGCAGAGUGAUUAUAUAAGGACAUUAAUGAAUGAUAUGGAGGAAAGACCUGAAGAGUUAAGAGAUUUUGAGGGAACUAGCAGAGAAGUUGAUAGAUAUGUUGCCAAGAUGGAGGAACGUGCUCAGCAAGAAGAGGAGCUGUUCACUCGUGUUCCUCUUACAAAACAAGAGAGGAAGAGAGAAAAGUACCUAAAGAAAUCAAGAAAUGGGUUGCAAGGUUUAACAGAAAGUUUCUAUGAUGAAAUUAAAGCAUUACCCAUUGAAGAUGAAACUGGAGAGCAAGUAAUGGGGUCUAGUAAUGUUAGCAGCAGAAACAGUAGACUGAAGAAGCGUAAGAGGAAACACUGAAGGAAGAAAGAAAAUUACGGUUUUGACCCAAAGGACUGAAGUGUCAUCUGGAAAACUGACUACUGCAAGCGGUUGGAGGAAGUAAUAUUAGAGGUCGAUGCAAGGAAAUGUAAACUAGAGAAUUGAUAUUAAUGCAUUCCUCCUUAUUCCGUUGAAGAUUUUAUUAUUAUCAUCGGCUCGAGUGCGUCGUUGGGAACCUGGGGUGGAGAUUUUUCAAGAAAUGAAAUGAGUGUCUUUUUGCUAUUGCCAUUAUGCACCCAAUUUUGUGAUGCACGUGGAUUUUUUCUAAUCCACCUUCUGAUAUUCAGUGUACUGCAGCAUAUCAAACUAAAUAUUUACUGAGUAAAUUUAACAUUCUGCG